GUCUGCCGCGUCCCCGUGCCUUUGCCCUGCGCCUGCGCAGCGGAGCAAUAACUGUUAAAGACGGAGACGGUGUUCGGUUAUCAGCAGCGUCUACCAGCGGGAAUCUGUAACCUGUUCAACACCGAAAAACACCGGAAUCCACCGGACACAAGCCUAACGGGCUCCACCGGACAUCCAGCGGGAUAGAGCGGGGCAGCAGGCGGGGGCAGAGCCGCGGCAGGCCGGGGUCUGUGGACCGGGAGCCCGCCUGUCUGUCCGCCUGCACACGGUGACACAAAGCGGACUGAAGAGGAGCUUUAAACGGCGUUUGAGCACCGAGAGCCGACCCUGAGUUCACCACAGAGCCAUUUUAUACGAGGAUUUAACCGGAAAGAGAGUCUGAACCAGCCCGGGACCGGAGGAGGAGGACACGGUGCUGUUCGGGUCCAGAUGUUGGCCUGAUGACGAUGCUCCGAGGACAGAAAACACAUGAAGAAAGGACACGAAGAAGAACUGUGGAGGACUGACAGAGACACCGAGAGGACACCAACAAGACACGAAGAAGAGCACCGACGGGACAUUUAAAGGUGAGGACACAGAGAGGGACAUGAUUAUUACAGGUGGGAGGGAGACAUUCAGGAGAGAACAGACGGAGGACAGGUAGAGACAGGAGGGACAGGGUCCAAGGAGGACACAGAGACAUACUGAACCAGAGUAAAUACAGAGACACACAGAGGACAGGACAAACGUAAACACAGGACAUUGACCCAUAAAAUCAGGGGCUCUGAUUAGGACAGAAGACACAUGAGGACAAAACAAUCAAACACUAAAGAAGUGAAGACUUAUCUAUAAAUAAAGGGACACGAGUCACAUGGAGGACACACAGAGAGACCUUAUAGAGACAUCUGAGGACAUCUGAAUGGACAGAAGACAUGAAACUAUUCAAGACCUUUAAAGGGACGUGGGGGCGGAUAUGAGGACAUAAAACCCUGAAAUAAACAUUAAAACACGUAUUUAUUAGACAUCCAGAGACCACGUCAAACACAGAGGAGACAUUUAGUGGACAUUAUAUAAUCAGAGACUCUGAGGAGUAUCAAACAGAUUAUGGACGGGGACAGUGAGACACUUUUCUGAGUAUUUUGAGACUUUCUUUAAGAGACACGGACAGAGUCUGGAACAUCAGGAGACAAAGGGACAGUAAAGCGUGAUGAAGGACAGACUGUGCUGGAUGUACAGAGGGAUUCAGAUGUGGAGGACAGACAGGUGACAGUACAAGGAUAGUCUCUGUGGGACUCUGGUGACAUUAAAGACAGUCAGGGACGGGGGUCCACAGAGUUGAGGACAUUUGGAGGACAGACUGUGAAGAUGUUUUUGUCUGACAGAGUGUCUUUUUGUCUCCUGGCAGGUUGGAUGUAAAGAGGGCUGAGAGGACAACAUGAUGUCCCCAGAGUGGACCCGUGUUUUCGCUCUGUCCAUCCAUGUCCUGGUCCUGGUCCUGGUCUUGUCCCGACCUGCGCUGGGGGCCCGCUCCGACAGGAACUCUGCGCUGGAGGAGUAUAUCUGUGCCACGGUCAACGCCACGGUGCUGGACGGACGAGGACACACCGUCCACAUGAUGAGCAGCGAUGAGGGGACGUAUGGACAGAACUCCCCCAAAGUGGACACUCGAGGGGUCGUUAUCGCACCGGCGCCUCACAAUGGAGGUAAUGACAUCACAGCAUCAUUAACGCUGCGUUUGAGUUUCCUCAAAAGUCGAAGCUGAAAAUGACGUCAAACCCGAGUUCCCAGCGUUUCAGUUACCAAGUCGUAAAAAGCGAAAUCAGACAAACAAGAUGGCGACAUCUACGAAAGUUAUUUUAGCGCUUACCUUAUAUCGGACAAGGCGAACGCUAAAAUAAUUCACGUAGAUGUAGCCAUCUUAGAUCCGCCUCUGAUUUUGCUUUUUCCGACUUGGUAACUGAAACGAUGUUAACUCGGGUUUGACGUCAUUUUCAGUUCCAACAUCUGACCUCCGAGAAAACUCGAACCCAGCAUUAGACUCAACGUAGUGAGUCAGUCCGACUGAAACUGGACUCAGAAAAAGACGUUAAAUCCCGUUAGUCCACCUGAACCGGUACUAAACUAAAGUUCUGCAGUUCGACUAACAAACCUAGAUUCUCUUGCACCUAAACCACUCAGUUAGACUGACCUGACUCAAGUUCUGCAUGUGCUCCUCGCCUCGCCCGGCUCUGACCCGGUAGUUGAAUGACAUGAAUGUGUUGUUGAAAGCUGAGCGCUAAAUAAAACCUUAAUAACGAGGAAUGAACAAAGUGUGAACGGUCGGAGAAACGGAGAUGAGAUUAGAAAGAACUUUAUUGAUCCUUUUGGGAAGGUUCCCUGAGGGAGAGUAAAAGAGAAGUUUUUAUUGUUCGUCUAACCAGUUUCUUUCUAACGUGUUUAUCGAAGAUUAACCAGCUGGAAAAAAGGCAUGUCGCCACUCACCGUUACUGAGAUGGACACACUCAGUCGAUGAAUUGAUUCUUGCCUGGUGCUUGUAAACAGAGACGAGGACACUAGUCCAGUUACGUCACCUGGUUAAAGCUACACCUGUAGUUUGACUGACCUACUGAAUGACCCACCUGAGUUCAGACGCAGAGUUUCUCCUGUGGAAAUAUCACAUUAAUGCCCAACUCGGAAACUCAGGCAACAGUUUGGCGCCUGACUCGCUGACUUCACAUCGUAUUUGUCGUUAAAGUGGCUGACAAUGUUUUUGAUAUUAAGAUUUAUUGAUUUUGAAUGAAUUCUUGAUUUAUUGACAUUGCUUUUUGUUCAAGUAUAAUUUGUGACGUGUGGUGUUCGCAUUAGUUGUUAUCCAUUGAGUGACCUAGACUAUCCAGAAACGUUAUUAAUAAACAUUAGAGGGACACUGAACUGAUUUUAGGAUUGAUAUAGUACCUGUGAUAGCUCUGUUGGUGAACUUUACACAAAUAACACUUUACAAUUUUUGGAAAUGUACCUGACCCCCAAUUUCCAACGCAUCCUCCGAUCGUAGCUGAUCGUAACCAUCCAAGUUAACGUGUCAAUUUACACCGACUUCUUUUCAAAAUAAAACAUCCAGCUUCUUUUCAAAAUAAAACAUCCGGCUUCUUUUCAAAAUAAAACACUCCAUGUUUCAGGAGGAUCGUAUUUCACACCAUGAGCUGAUCGUAACCAUUCAAGUUAACGUGUCAAUUUACACCGACUUCUUUCCGUUCCUCUGCGGAUCGCCGGACUCCUCAGCUGAUCACAAGAGUUCUAUUUUUUCUGGACGCCGGAGCAUGGCGGAUAAAUUCAGCACAGAUUAACCCGUGCUGGAAAGGAAGUCGGGCACAGACACAAAAUAAAACAUCCGGCUUCUUUUCAAACAAAACACUCCGGCGGAGACGAACAAGUGAAAGGUUUUUAGACGUCAUUUCACCCCGAUGACACCAUGGAUGAGGAGAUGCUGAUUCUAGAAGUCUAGAAGUAGAUUUCCUCCUCUGGAAGGACACAAUCUACUGCUUAUAUGUCUAUGUGUCUGUCUUUAGAGAGACAACUCGUUAUCGUGAGAUUGAACGUGAAUCUGCAGGUUCUUGUGAGUUCUCGUGAUUACUGCUGUCUGUAAUCCGCCACGAAAUUCACUUCACAAAUGGAUCUGGUAGGAAUUGGUGGACGGUGAAAAUCGCCACUGUUCUGGAUCGGAGCCGUUCCGGAUGUGGUGAAAAUUGUGGGUUCGAGUCCCGUCUUUGAAAACUAAGUCUGAAACGCUCCGACUCAGCCACUGUCUCUUUAAGACUCUUCAAAACAUCUCCGAACUCUCGUACAUUGUUGCCAUGAAACUGAGUCACGUCUCUCCUGUUAAAAUGACGAUUUCGCCCUUAUAAGGAAACUCACCAGUUGGUGAAGUCGUGGAAAUAUCAGGUGGAUUUCAGAUUGAUGGAGGAUGACGUUCAGAGCGCGGUCUUAUCCUGGGAUUAGCUCCACACACAUUUGGUCGUUACUCGUUAACUAUCACUGUCUGAAACUUAAGUAAGAUAUGUUAGCUUCAGCACUUCUGUAGUAUUUAUUUCCUUCAGCCUUGAUUAAAAGAUGAGGUGAUGUUAAAGCGGACUUCCUGAAUUUAUAAGACAGACUUUCCGAACCGUAACCAUCGUGAACCAUCUGAGGAGCGUCUUUAAGUUUGUUUUUUUCACACCUGCCUUCGAAUUAGGGAGAUCGUUUGAUUGCCAGCAGCGAUGGUCAUGUGACCUCUAAUGCGAUCAUGCUGUCAGGUAUAAACGUUAAUAUAGAGAUAUGUUAUGAUAAACAAAACUGGCUUCACAAUUUUCACAAUCAUCUCUAAUCAGUAGAAACAGAUCACUUUACUGCUCUGUGAUUGGACAGUGUGUGUUGAAAUGCACUCUGGGAGUUAUAGUCUUCCCUUUCAUACUCUUUGAAUGAAAAACAGAUUUUUCUGUAGUUUAGUUUGGGCUCAUGUUGGUUUGACCCGAGAGUUCUUCAUCACCUCAGACACACCUGUGGUUCUGAUGUGACGUCACAGAGAGGGGCGAAGCCGGAGCGCGUCACGUUUAAACACGUCGGGAACAUCCUGACUCUGAACGCCCUCACACUCACUCCUGAAGAAUGAGGAGGUCUCUGUGAACAUGUCCAGUCUGAUCAGUGUGUGUGUGUGUGUGUGUGUGUGUGUGUGUCUCAAUCUGCUGAAAAACAAACUCAAGAUGUUUCUGUGUGGUGUUCAGGAGCCUGUGCACAGCGCGGAGAACACAAAACCCACCACCAGACUGACUGUCUCUGCAGCCUGUGUGUGUGUGUGUCUGUGUGUGUGUGUGAAAAGCCUUUAUGAGGUGAAAGGUCAGUGUGCAGAGAUCAGAUAGAGUAAGUGUUGAGAGGUCUCGCUCUGAUUUUAUCCUGAUGUUUCUGUCGGCUGUAGUUUAUCUCAUUUAUGCUCGUUUAAUUACACUCUAAUGGUAGAAUCCAUCUUUGUGCUCAGUCCACUAAAACUUAUUGUAUAAUCAUAAUGCUGUGUGUGUGUGUGUGUGUGUGUGUGUGUGUGUGUGUGUGUGUGUGUGUGUGUGUGUGGUAGUCUGGCACUGCAGAGGUUUUCAGGCUGCGUUCAGGAUGAUGAAGGUCGACCAUCUCUGAGGUGUCGGGUUACAGUCAGACUUUAGAGGACACUGCAGAGCUUGAAACACACACACAUACACACACACACACACACACACACAGACCACAUAAACAGAUGAUUUCAAUAAUCACUGAAAACAAAUGAAGGAAUUACCUUCAAUAACUUCCGUAACAUUUUUAUUAUCAUAAGACUCCAAUUCCACAGGAGUUAGGAAACUGAAAAAUGUUGACAAAAAUAAAAUUUGAUGUUUUCCAAAUUAUUAAAAGUUAAUUAAUAAUGGUGGAAAAACAACAAAUCAAAUGAUAAAGUGAAAAAAAUGAUUACAAAACUCUGAUUAUGAAAACUCUUUGUCUGAACCAGCUGAUCGAGCCGUUAAACCUGGGCUCUCUGUGUAAGGAGGCGCUGAUCAACACUCUAACUAUUAAAACUUCGUCUCUUCUCAGUGGUGGACCGGCAGGGUUGCGACCCGAACACGCGCUUCCUGGUUCCUCCCCGCAACGUCCACUGGGUGGCGCUGCUGCAGAGAGGAAACUGCACCUUCAAAGAGAAGAUCCUGAAGGCGGCGGCCUACAACGCCACAGCGGUCCUGAUCUACAACAACUCGACCAACAAGACAGUGAAGAUGGGCCACGAGGGUCAGUCAACGCACCACAGUUCAUUUAUUAUAGAUAUUUGUAUAUGUAUGCAGGUUAUGGAGAGUGAGAAGACACCGGUAGAUCCUCAGAGAAUGUCUGUCAGAUAUCCAACCUGAAACUAACUUCACCGCCGUAUUUACAGGAAAAUAUAUCCAACCUGAAACUAACUUCACCGCUGUAUUUACAGGAGAAUAUAUCCAACCUAAAACUAACUUCACCGCCGUAUUUACAGGAAAAUAUAUCCAACCUGAAACUAACUUCACCGCCGUAUUUACAGGAAAAUAUAUCCAACCUAAAACUAACUUCACCGCCGUAUUUACAGGAAAAUAUAUCCAACCUGAAACUAACUUCACCGCCGUAUUUACAGGAAAAUAUAUCCAACCUGAAACUAACUUCACCGCUGUAUUUACAGGAGAAUAUAUCCAACCUAAAACUAACUUCACCGCCGUAUUUACAGGAAAAUAUAUCCAACCUGAAACUAACUUCACCGCCGUAUUUACAGGAAAAUAUAUCCAACCUAAAACUAACUUCACCGCCGUAUUUACAGGAAAAUAUAUCCAACCUAAAACUAACUUCACCGCUGUAUUUACAGGAAAAUAUAUCCAACCUGAAACUAACUUCACCGCCGUAUUUACAGGAAAAUAUAUCCAACCUGAAACUAACUUCACCGCCGUAUUUACAGGAAAAUAUAUCCAACCUAAAACUAACUUCACCGCCGUAUUUACAGGAAAAAACAUUUGUUGAUUUUUUUAUGCGCACACAUGACCCUAAAUACGUUUUACAAUUCACACACAUGUAUUUUUAGAGUGAAAUGGUCGCACUGUCGAGACCUGAUAUGUGUGUAAACGUACUGUAGACCCACACAGUUUAUACUCAAAAAUAGUGAGUGAUAUUUAUUCUGAUUAUUUAUUAUUUACACUGUGAUGAAGUCUGCUGAGUCACAUGAUCUCACUCACACCUGUCUGAUGUCUACACCUGUAAUGUGAACAUGCAGACAGACAGUAGGAGGAACAGCUAUCUUAGCUCAGCAUUCAAAUAUAUGUGUCUAUGAACUCCUUUAAGAGGAAGGAGGAGAAAAAAAGGAGGAAGAGGAGGAGUUAAAGAUGGUGGAUAAGGAGGAGGGGGCGGGGCAGGAGGCAGGAGACGCGGGGAAGUGUGUAAGGAGGUGAGGAGUAACUUCCUGGGAUCAAUGUCGACUAAAUAUAGACAGGACCAUGUCAUUAAUUGAUGAGGUCACAGUGACCUCAUGCUGUGUGCGUGUGUGUGUGUGCAUGUGUGUGUGUGUUAAUGUCACAGAGCAGAAAAUGAGCGACUCUAAACCCGUUUCAGAUGUUAAGAUCCCCGACGCUGCAGAAAUAUUCAUCCAGACAGGAGAAACUCAGAAUUCCUGUAUUAAUUCAGUUUCAGCUUUCUAUCUAAAUAUAGAUCUAGAUCUGUAUCUAGAUCUUCUUUACACACACAUCAGCUUUUUUUUAUCAUGGAUCAUGACAUAACAGAUUGUGGAUUGGUUCCAUAUGAACAAAGAUUUAUCGAUUGAUUGAUUUCAUAUCUAAUCAAUCACUUUUAUAGAAAUAUAUAUACAGUAGUUACAUAUACAAGUUUUCGGACACUAUAUAAAAAGGCUCAUCACCUUUUUUUCCUCACCGUCUAACUUUAAAUCAGAUUAAACUUUUCCUGUUUUUGGUCGAUUAGGAUUAACAAAAUUAUUUUUAUUUGCUAAAAGCCAAAAAAGCCAAAAUUCCUGCAAACUAUUGUGAGAAGUUUGUGGAAGCGUAUCCAAAACAUUUGACCCAAGUCAUACAAUUAAAGGCAGCUACCAAAUACUAAUAAUAUGUAUGUAAACUUUGACUCUCAGGAAAAUAAUAAAAAAUUGUCUAAAAAAUGUUUCUCUCUCAUCAUUCUGGGAUUUAGCAAAUAAAAAUAAUUUUGUUCAUCCUAAUCGACCAAAAACAGAAAAAGUUUAAUCUGAUUUAAAGUUAGACGGUGAGGAAAAAAAGGUUAUGAGCCUUUUUAUAUCCACUGUAUGUAAACUUCUGUAUGCACAGGUUGUACUUCUGAAUCUGUGAGUCGUCCUGAUCCCGCCUCUGUCUCCAGGUACGGGUGACACGGUGGCGGUGAUGAUCACUGAGGCCUACGGGAAGGAGAUCCUGGCUCACCUGGAGAGGAACCUGACGGUCCUGGUCUCUGUGGUGGUUGGAGAUCGGGGUUCCUCUAAAAACAUAAACCGAGGUUCUCUGGUCUUUGUCUCCAUCUCCUUCAUCGUCCUCCUCAUCAUCUCCUCCGCCUGGCUCAUCUUCUACUUCAUCCAAAAGAUCCGCUACACCAGCGCCCGCGACCGCAGCCAGGUAACAGCGAGCGCGCCGCUGACACGGUUUUUAAGGGGUUAACCUGCUCAUAAAGCGCUAACAUGCUAACGUGGAGCUAAGUUUUGUAUAAAGAGGUGAAUCUGCUCAUUAUUACCGAAUCAGCAGGUGCCCUCCCCCUCUCUCCCCCUCCUCUCCCCCCUCAGUGUAAUCUGACCUUCCUCUCAGGACUCCGCCUCCUCCCCCCAUCCACCCUCCAUCUAAUGCAGAUCAACCUUCAGUCCAGGUCCCUGCGGUCCCUCUGUAGACUGAUAACAGCUGAUGGGGAUCUGCUGACACUGUAGUGUUAUACUAAUACUGCAUUACAGAAGUACUAAAUAGUAUUUCAGACUACAACACUGCUGAGAGUAAUACUACAGAGGAUGAAGUGGAAUACAGAGUCAGUACACAGCGUACAGUGAAGGAGUAAAAGUACCCGGUAUAAGGUAUAGAUCGUAUACAGUUGAAGUAAACAGAGCCCUGUCCCCUGAUCAAUCCUUCUGAUCACUUGUCUUUGUAUUAUAGUUUCCUAUUUCCUUAUAUGAACUCUUGUAAUAGGGAACCGAAGUCAUGCUAACUUCCGGGUUAGCAUACGGUCCUAUGGAGCCCAUCAAAAUGAAUGGACAGAUAUAUAUAACUACUGGUCCGCUUUGGUAUACGUCGUGGAUUUCACAUAUAAUGUUUAUCAUGUUUAAAUUUACAUUUUAACCUCGAAAAAGCCGUGAUUUUAGACAUGUUGCUAUAGCUACAGUUUAAUUUAGAGUGAGACCACGUAAUGAACUACACCGCUCGUCGCACUAUUUUUGCGUCACUGUCUAAGCUUUGACAGACGACGAUGGCGGUGACUUUGGCAAGUUUCACGUCCUUCUUCCAGGAUGAAGGAAAGAGUAUUAAACGUGGUGAAAACCACUACAAGUCGGGUCAUGUUGAGAGUGGGAGUUACGCCGGCGGAGAGAUAGUUGGUCGAGUGAGAGCCAGCAUGCGGGACAAGCUCUGACAAGGGGCUCUAUGUCAUUUACGCGACUUCUUGAGGUCUGUAGUCUCUCCAUUUACGUGUUUUCAAAGACAAAUAGAUCAACAAUUACACAACAGACAGAGCCUUUAUUUACCUUAAUGGUUAUCAUUUAAGUUAAAAUACAACAUAUUUGUGACUCAGGGUGUAAAACAAAGCGGACCAGAAAAUACCAUAGACCUGUCCAUUCACUCCUAUUAUCCCAAUAGGACCUAUAGCGCUAACCGGAAGUGGGCGUGGCUUCGGUUCCCUAUAUUGUUGGUUUGUGACGUUUCCAACUGACCUGAAGAAAUGAUUAUUAAUCCAGAAGAGAUUCUUCAGAAUGAACAUGAACCUUCUGCUCCUCUUUUCUAAAUACUCCAUCUUAACGAUCAACAAACUCAGUGUCUUUCACUCUCGUUUGUUCAUCAAUAAGAAACAAAAACCUUCCUGAAACUUUUUAACCUUUUCAUCCGACCUUCACCCGUACACUAAGACAAAACCACCAUCUUCAGUUUCCUUCAUGUUGAACUUCUUCUCAUCAGUCUAAUUUCACUUUAGAGGAGAGAAACUAAGAAAUGAUCUGGAUGGAUCUCUAAAAUCAAUAUUAAAUCCUUUAAAGUAUCAUUAAAAUGUCUUUGUCUCUGUGUGUCUCUGUCCUCCUCAGCAGGCCGUCAUCUGUCAUCGAUUAUUUCUGUCUCCCUGUUUCUCAGAGUCAUAAACACUCUAACCCCCAAUUUACACCACAUCCUGAACGGCAGCGUUUUUCGCCGUCCGCCAAUUCCUCCCACAUCCAUUUGUUACGCGAAUUUCAUGGCGGAUUGCGGACAGCUGUAGAACCCGCGGAUUCACGUUCAAUCGCUCGAUGACGAGUUGUCUCUCUAAAGACAGACACAUAGACAUAUAAGCAGUAGAUUGUGUCCUGGUUACGAUCAGCUACGAUCGGAGGAUACGACCUUUUAGGAGACGAUCAGGAUGAAGGUGGAGAUCGGGGGUUAUAGUAUGUGAAGCUGUCUCAUGUCCACACAGUCUAAUCUGUCCUCUGUCCCUCAGCGUCGUCUUGGCGAUGCAGCAAAGAAAGCCAUCGGGAAGCUGACCACGAGGACAGUGAAGAAAGGAGACAAGGUAACUUCCUGUUUGUCUCAUGAUGCGUAAAUGUGUGUGUGAGGGGGUCGGGGGGCAGGAGGACCCUGAGGUGAUGUGUUUUGUGUCAUAAACCUUCAGCUGCCGAUGAAACAGUGAUGGAUGCCCACUCAGUCAGAGGUCAGAGGUCAGAGGAUGAUAGCGAGGGAGGGUAAACAUGAUGGAGAUAAAACAUAAAUCAGACCCGACGAGCUGCUGCCAGAGUGUUUACAGCCACGACAGAGACACAACACAAACACACAACAUAAACACACAACUGUCAGUAAAAGCAGCAGUGAGUGUAGACACUACAGAGACACAAGGACACACAACUAACACACAACAGAGGGACAAACACACACACACAAAACAACAAGAGGAAAACAACAGCACACACCUCUGUUACCUGUUACCUGAGUGGUGGUGGUUCAGGUGUCUUAGUCUUGAGGUUUGGGGGUGUGGGGGGUCAGGGGUUUUGGGGAGGACAGGAUGUGAAGUGGACAGGUCUUUAAGUCCGUGCACAUGCCCCGCCCCCCCAGCUGUCAUUGGCGAGUAAAUCACAGAGAGCUGACCCUGAACAAACGUGAGGAACAUGAUGAACCAGAGGGAAGUAAAUCUGUGUGUGUGUGUGUGUGUGUGUGUGUGUGUGUGUGUGUGUGUGUGUGUGUGUGUGCGCGCGCUCUAUAGGAGACUGAUCCAGACUUCAAUCACUGUGCCGUGUGUAUCGAGGCCUACCAGCUGAACGACGUGGUCCGGAUUCUGCCCUGCAAGUGAGUCUAACACACCUGCUGACCGCUCCGAUCCUGAGCAGGCGCUCGGGUCGGCGGUCUCACGCUCACGGUUCAUACGGUCGUGUAGGGAUCGCCAUAAUCGAUUAUCGACCGAGGUCUUAAUCGAUUUCUGGUUUUUGUUUGUAAAGAAAGUUGUCAGUUCUGAUCUCCUCUAAAAAAGCGUUUAUGAAUCAGAAGCUGCCGGUCUCACGGAGCGAGUCGAUUUUACAGCAAGUCUCAGAGUUCUGGGUCAGAGCCGGUUCUGUCGUCAGUGUUUUUGAGCGCGUCUGUCUCUCUGUGCGUCGUUGUUUUGGAAGUGAAGGACGUUAAAAAAAAAACACUUAGUUGUGUAUUUGUUGAUGUAGUUGUGUGUUUUUGUAGUGUGUUUGGUUCAUCUGAGGUUUGUCGAUCAUGCAUUGUUUAAUUGUGUUGUCAUGAAUUUCUUUUUUCUUCCAUUUAUUGUGUAACUUUGUUUUUUUACUUUAUGCCGUCUCUGUGUUUUUAAAUAUAAAUGUGUGUGUUUUUUGUGUUUUCAUUUGUUUGCUGUCAUCUUGUGCAUAAUCCCUUAUUAAUUUUGUGUUGUCUUGUUAUCAGUUUGUCAUCUUUUGUGUUAAGAUAUUUUAAAAAUGGUCUUUUUUGAGUCUUUUUGUUGUGUGAUUUUUGUUAUUGAUUAUUGUGUAUUCCUUGUGUUUUGUUGUGUAUUUGUACUUCCUGUGGUGUUUUUGUUGUGUGUUUGGUUCAUCUGAGCUUUGUCGAUUAUGCAUUGUUUCAUUGUGUUGUCAUGAAUUUCUUUGUGUUUUUUUCUUCCAUUUAUUGUGUAACUUUGUUUUUUUUAUGCCUUCUCUGUGGUUUUUAAACAUGUGUUUGUGUGUUUUUUGUGUUUUUAUUGUGUUUGCUGUCUUAUUGUGCACAAUCCCCUAUUAGCUGUUCUGUUUUGUGUUGUUUUGUUAUCAGUUUGUCAUAUGUUGUGUAGUACAGAUAUUUUAAUAAUGGUCUUUUUCAAGUCUUUUUGUUGUGUGAUUUUUGUUGUUGAUUAUUGUGUAUUUGUUGUGUUUAUAGUUCCUUCUGUGUUUUUGUUGAAUGUUUGUGGUUCUUUGGUUGUUUUGUUGUGUUUGCUGUCUUUUUGUUCAUUAGUUGUUGUUUUCUGUUUUUAUUACUUCUUUUUAAAGUGUGUUUUCGUCGUUGGGUUUUAGUCGCUCAUUGUUGUGAACUCUUCAUGUUUUUGUUGAAUGUUGUGUUUUUGUCGUAUUUUUUUCCUUCUCUCUAUCCUCAAUCAAAAAAAAUCGAUCUCAGUGUCAUGGCGGACAGUUUUAGUAAAGGGGCGGAGCUUCAGGUGAUAUUUGGGGCCUGAACUGACGGACACUCGGCUCACACUCACUCUGGUCUGGAGGAGAACAAACAGAAGGAAGGCUCCACCCUGAGGCUGUACUCGGUACUGCAGUGACAUCACAACUUCAGGCCUGAUGGUGUCACACUGAGUCUCAACACACACAGACAGACACACACAGAUCAUGUGUGUUUAACAAUAACAACAGUGACGUUACAAAGAAACUCACUCUUGGUGUUUUGAUUGUGCGUUUGAUUUGAUUUGUUGUGUAUUUGUAAUAGUUGUGUAAGUGUUUGUGUGUGUUUUUGUUGUUGUAUCUGUUGCAGAUCUGUUGUUGUUUAUUCAAUGUGUGUACUGUUGUGUAUAUUGUUGUGUAGUGUUAAUGUUGAUUUUGCUCAUGUGUGUCUCUGCUGUGUGUUUUGUUUCUAGUGUGUCCUGAUGUGUAUUUUUUGUUUUGUUUGUUGUGAUGUUGUAUUUAAUUGUGUUCUUGUUGUGUGUUAUUGUCGUUUUUGACACAUUUUUGCUGUGCUUUAUUUUUUGUUUACUUUGAUGUGUAUUUAUUGUGUAAUUUUAAAGUUUGAUAUUGUUGUUUAUUUGUUGUGUCAUGAAUAUGUUUUUUGUUGUGUAUUCAGUGCAAACGUAUUUUGUGUAUUUUGUUUUUGUAUUCUGUUUUCAUUAAGUGUUGUGUAUUUGUUGUGUGCCCUGUUGUGUUAAUGUAUUGCUCUUAUUGUGUACUUGUUGUGUUAUCUUUUCAUUGUUUUUGUUGUGGUUUUUGUGUAUUUAUUGAUUUAUCUGUUUUUAUAUCUCUCAUUAUCUGAGUGUGUUUAUUACACUGUUUGUUGUGUUGUGAGUUUAGAGUGUGUAUUUUUUGUGCUGCUGAUGUGUGUUGUUGUGUGACCUUGGUUGUGUUAAAGUAGCGCUCUUAUUGUGUACUUGUUGUGUUACUGUUUAAUUGUUUCUGUUUUUUUGUGUAUUUAUUGAUUCAUCUGUUUUUGUAUCCUCAUUAUCUGAUUGUGUUUAUUACACCGUUUGUGGCGUUUACUGUGUGUAUUUUUUGUGUUGUUGAUGUGUGUUGUUGUGUUGUCUUUGUGUCAGUUGUGUGUUAUUUUGCUGACCAAGUGUGUGUGUCUCUGCAGACAUGUCUUCCAUAAGGUGUGUGUGGACCCCUGGCUGAACGAGCACUGCACCUGUCCCAUGUGUAAACUGAAUAUCCUGAAGGCUCUGGGCAUCAUGGUGAGUCAUCACUGACAUCAUCACAGGAACCUGCUGUGAUUGGACGAAAGCGUUAGCGCCUCACUGGCCUUUCCCUGUCCUCUCUGUCUGUCUACAGACCAGUCUUCCCUGUGUGGACAGUGUGGUUCUAGACGUGGAGCGUCUCGGUGUCAGUCAGUCCUCCAGCAGCCAGAGGGCGCCCCUUAACGACAACAACCAGCCGUCCAUUAGCCUGGAGCCGCUCAGCCCGCCACAUCCAGAGGCCACGCCCAGAACACCAGCUGACAUCACCAUCUCUGUGACCAGUAAGAAAGCAGCGUUCAUGAAACGCACCAGACACCACCAGGCAACUUUACUAAACACAACUCACCUACUGUCUUCCAGCAGCUGCUUGUUUGUAGUGAGACCUCAGGCCAGUCCAUUACAGACUACAGCGGGGUGCCGCAGCUCAAGGAAGAACAUUUAUGAUCAUUUCUUAAUCAUUUCCUUGAAGUAAUAAUCACCAUAUUAAUCAUUUUACAGACGCGGUAGUUCUUCUGUCUUAGAGAGGAAAUGAUCGCAAAUGUUCUUCCUUGAGCUGCGUCACCCCGCUGUAGUCUGUAAUGGACUGGCCUGAGGUCUCAUCCAUUCAAAGCAACCUAAGACUGAUUUAGAGCAACUUUAAAACCCUAGGAAGCAACUCCACACUGAUGUGGAGCAACUUUACAACAAUGUAGAUCAACGUGACAGAGUAACCUGCACAGAUUAACCGUAAUUUAAUACUGAUGUAAAGCAUCUUCAGUCCAACAUGGAGCAACGUAAACACUGAGAAGUAACUUUAUACCAAAGAGAGCAACUUUACACUGAUGAAGAGCAACUUUAUACCAACAUAGAUCAAUUUUGAUAUUGACAAAGUGAUGCAUCAACUUGAACUGCCUUUGAUUUUUCAUUCAGAGCAACUUCAGCCAAUUUAGAGCAACUCUUUUUUUUAACCAGUAUCUUUAUACAGCAGUAGAGUAACUCCACACUUGAGUAUAUUCACCCUGAUUUAGUGACUCGUCAAAGUAGUCGUUUAGCAACUUCACGCUGUUUUUGAGUGAUGUCACACUGACGUUUGUAGAUGCUGUCGACCAUUUCCAGUCGGUGUUGGAUGAUCAGCAGCAGAGAGGAUGGUUGACUGGAAACAUAACCGACAGAUUUAAAACAUUUUAAACGUGUUGAACUUAAAUCUCCUGUUUUUUUUUUUUGUGCGUCUCUCUCAGGCGGCGGCGGUCACUUCUUCAACAGGAACUCGAUGUCUCCUCGCAGCGUCGUCUGUGAGAUGGAGCUCCCCGACAUCCAGGCCUCGCUCGACCUCUACGAUGACAACAAGUCCUGAGGUCGUCGUCAUGGUUACAGCCCCCUCCCAUCACCAUCACCUACACCUGCUGUGGAUGGACUUAGAAGUGUUACCUGUCGGGGGCGGGGGGGACAACACAAACCUGGAGGAACUUCAAAUAUCAUGUUACCCAUCAGAUUCCCUCAGUCUGGACUCUGGUCUCCAUCUGGAUCCUGGACUUAGACAGGCUCCUCAGCUCAGUCUUGGUUCUGGACUCAGUCUGGGUCCUGGACUUUGACUAGAUCCAAGACUCAGACUGGAUACUGGACCAAGACACAGUCCUAGACUCAGUUUAGUCCUCUCAGUUUAACAUCCAUGGAUGAGGUCUGGGUGAGCUGGAGAUCCAAAUUUGAUCAAAAACCAGAACUAGAACCAGAGCCUCCCCGGUAAAGCGAACACACAGUCAUGUGAAGAAGUUCCUUAAAGUGCUCUUGUGGUCCUGGGAACUAAGUCCCUGGGAUUGUUCCUGAGUGUCUGACCCAUUUCCCUGAAUUUGAGAACCUUGAAAAGUUCUGCGGUUCCUGAACUUCAAAAUGGUCCCCAGAGGUUCUCCUCGGUUCUAAAAAAGUUCCUGACUGCCACAAAGUUUCUUAGUUCCCCCAAAGUUUCUAAGGUCUGCUGAAUAUCUGUGGAGAUCUGGGACAGUGGUGAGAACUUUAUCCAUGCUGAUAUUGUUGGACCAACAAAAAAAGUUCUUUCUAUUGGUUCUGGGGUUCUCUAGAUGGUUCUCUAAGUUCUUUAACCCAUCAAAAGGUUCUUGGUUCAUCUUCCUGGGAAAGUUCUUGAUAAGGUUCCAGUUCCAGUGACUCUCCAGGAGCCUCCUCAGACGUCUUCAGAGAACUUGGGUUCUUGAAAUCUUGAAAGACCUCCUCUCAGCUGAGGGGGUUUUGUGCUUCCUGAAAGUUUUGGGUUCCUGAAGGUUCUCAAGAGAACUGAUCCUUAAUUCUGCUUCUGAGACUCUCAUACAGGACCAAAUUGUAUUUAGAGCUUCAGGGCCUGGACCAGGUCUUCACUACGGAAACUGCUUGACUGGUCAUUCUUGACCAUCAUGAGACUGGGACCAGGAUCAGAGAAAGACCUGUACUUGGACCCUCUGGAGACCCUUAAAAAAACAAUCUUGUGAACUCGUACAGUGUUACUCUUCUGUAGCAAAAGCAGUUUUUGUGUCGAACAAAGACGAUCGGACCAGUUCGGACUUUCAGGGGACCUCAUGCUCUGUUUUUAGUACCAGGGGGCGUUCCUCAGGGUACCGUCCUGGGUCCUCUGCUCUUCAGUAUACAGGAGCUCUGUCUUUGGUACCUGGUGGAGUUCCUCAGGGUACCGUCCUGGGUCCUCUGCUCUUCAGUAUGCAGGACCUCUGUUUUUGGUACCUGGUGGAGUUCCUCAGGGUACCGCCCCGGGUCCUCUGCUCUUUAAAUUACCGCUAACACAGACGGAUCGACUCCAGUUAACCCCUUCACGAUCAGAGAGGAGGAACGCUGCUCAGCUUUGCCGAGUUUUAAGCUUCGCACCGACGCUGAAAACUGUUCGCUUCUCCAUAGAGUGAACCCUGACCCGCCGUAGUCUCGGGUCAGUUGUUAGCUUGUUAGCUCAGCAGCUACUUAGCACAGCAUCCUGUAAUUAUCUGGUUUAGAUGACAAUAGAGUCAGCAUAUAUGAGGUAACUUUUUGAGCCAAUCAGAAGGCCCCGCUUACUCUGUCACAGACCGUGACGACAGGAAGAGACGCCCAGAAGGAGAAUGAACUGAAACAGGAAGUGAACAUGAACUGCUGUUAACCUGCCUUUGAACGGACACACUUUCUCUCUUCCUAUUGGCUCUCUGGGUCCUCAGCGAUGCAAACAGGUGUGUGUGCUGCAGAGUGUGAGGUUCUCUGAAUUUACGGACUGCUCCUUUAUCGUGUAUAAACAGCCUGUGACUAAUAAUCAGCCUCUCAAUAUAUAAACACACAUACCACCUAUAAUCUGAUCAAUGUUAGCUCUGAAUGUGAGUGAGUGAGUGUGUGUGUGUAUCAGUGUGUGUGUGUGGCUUCAAUUUAACGUGUCUGAUACUGCCUCAGCAUUAAAGUGUCAUUAUUGCCUUUAA